GGUCUCGUUGGAAAGCUAUGACGAACCUUGAAAAACAGCCAUACUACGAGGAGCAGGCUCGCCUCAGCAAGCAGCACUUGGAGAAGUACCCGGACUACAAGUACAAGCCCAGGCCGAAGCGGACGUGCUUAGUAGAUGGCAAGAAGUUACGGAUCGGUGAAUAUAAGGCAAUCAUGAGGAAUCGGCGCCAAGAGAUGAGGCAAUAUUUCAAUGUGGGACAGCAAGCACAGAUUCCUAUUGCGGCAGCCGGUGUCGUCUACCCGGGAGCCAUCGCCAUGACGGGAAUGCCCUCCCCACAUCUCCCCUCCGAGCAUUCAAGUGUAUCUAGUAGCCCAGAACCUGGGAUGCCCAUCAUCCAGAGCACUUAUGGCAUCAAAAACGAGGAGACUUCUCACGUCAAAGAGGAGAUCCAGAGCGAGGACAUCAAUGGCGAAAUGUACGAAGACGAUGAGGAUGAAGACGACGAUCGCGAUGUGGACUACGGCAGCGAAAGCGAAAACCACAUUGCGGGACAAGCCAACUGAUCGGGGGAGGGGUCCCAAAUUCUUGGUUUUGACCUCGGAGGACUUUAAUGGAGAGCCCCCCCCAAAAAAUCCGGUUUCUUGCCCAGUGGCCAAGCACACGAACUUUAUCCUCACACACUUGACUGUUACUUAAAACUUUUUACUCUUAACUAGUUGGGACAUCAGCUGAUCAGGAGAGAUCAGCCAGCGUGGAGAACUUUGGGAAAACAAGAAAGGAAUUCUAAAAGAAAAGACCACAAAAGGCUCAGAGGAAGAAACCCUAUCAAGGAAGUCAAUCAUGACGAAAGAGAAGAAAAAAAGGACAAAAAAAAAUAAGCUAUGGGUAACAUAAUGCCAGUAAUUCAGCUGCUAUACCCAAGCACUGAAGUCUUACCCGUUUGACCUUUUAUUAUUAUUAUUUUUUUUCAAAU